CACAACAUAUAUUUUAAUAGUUUCUCCACUUUCUAGUUACAUGAAAUACAUGGAACGGAAGGUUCAAAUUCAAAACAAAUACUUCAUAAACCACACCAUAUGAAGGCAAUUUCUGGGUGUAUACAUAUGCAGUAUAGUAUUGCUGUGACUUUGCAAGCUGACGAGGCAUAAUUAUUGCUGUGAUAUUUAUUUCCUGGCACGCAACUACAGUAUAAAUUCCUAUGCAUCACAGCAUAUGUUUGCAUGCGUCUGAUCGAACAUAGAGCGCCAUUAUCUCUAAGCCCCGCCUUCCCGCGAUUAGCUUCCAGCACAGUUACGGUACGGGGCGGAGUUUUCCUAAUAGUCCAAGCUAAAAAGGUGGGAAGGGAAGCUGAGCACCAUCUGUUGUUUCGCUGUUCGACAAGACUCGCAGUGAGACUUGCCUUGGUUUUAUCGAAGGGAUUUUAUACCAGCGAACAGGAAGAGCCAGAAAAACCGGGAGUAAGGCAUCAAUCAGACAGGCAGCAUUAGAGCAGCAGACUGAGAGCAAUUAGUUUUUAGCUGGAAGCAGUUUUCUCACCAUGGUUUUAUGAUCGGCUUGGACACACACAGUCGGGUAGAGAACCCAACAUGCCUCUUCCCCCUAUCCAGCACCAGCAGCACACGCUGCCAGCCCGGCUCCCAGUGAGGAACAGCAGCUGCAGAGGAGCGGCUCAGCCACAGUCUCCGGAGCCAUGGAGGGCAUCUGUGGGCACAGAGGAACUGUCCAACUCUUGGCCGUCGGCCACACUUAAUCGGCUGCUGGAGAGAAGGUGCAGAGUACAUCAUUCAGAAGGCUCCUUACAGCCAGCGCGCCGGGUACUGGAGCAGGUCCCCUCGGCUAUAACCCGCUCCUAUGAUAGCGUUAUUCACCCGCGGAGCAGCAUCGCGCAAAAGAAAGGACUUCCUUGCUCUGGGAAAGAAAAGCCAGUAACGAAUCCAGCCAGGCACCCACAGCUGAACAGCGCCUCUCUGAAUUGCUCCGAUGUUCGCUUCACUCUGUGCCUCACACCCGAAGCCCUUCUGGUCCUGCAGAAAAAGAACCUAGAGAAACAGCAGCAGCGCAAACUGCGACUCGAUCCCAGACCGAUAUUUGCCAGUCGCUCCAGGAGUCGAGGAGAUUUGGUACCGCGAUGCACCUCACAGAAACCUCUCCCAGAUGUCAGGGAGAUCCUCAAGAUUUCCUUGCUGAACGAACAUCACCGCUAUGACGAUGUAGAAUAUGAGGAGGACGAUGGGUGGAUUGGAGGGGGGGGUGGUGUUUCCGGGUACCCCCUAGAUGAGGGUUUGGUGAGAAGGUGCACAGAGUGGCUUCAGGGGGUGGAGAUGGCAACAGCCAGGGACAGAAACUUAAACGAUAAACUACAGGCUUUGCCUCACCUCAAUACAUAUUGACUGCUCCAGUGAGACUGUUGUGAUUCAUUUGCUAUAAUAGGUGCAAACAUACAGAAACCCAGAGCAGCCAGUAAGCAAUUAGAUUAGAUUGCUUAGCUUAAAGAUAUACUAACUAAACAGAAUUCCUAAUUGGUUGCCUAUGGGUCUCUACCCAUGGAAACAUUUAUGCCUGUAUAAACUAAGCUAAUAGUUACACAGUUUAGCUGCUGGCCCUUACCAUGCUACUAGUAUGCAAGGCCCAGCAUCCACUGUUAUUUCUAUAGACCAAGAUUCUUCUAUCAACUUCACAAAUUAAUUUUACUUUAAAAAGUGGAGUGGAACCAUGUGACAAAUGAAACAAAACAUAGUCACAGUCAGUUCUCAUAUGAAGAUUUUUAUACACAUGUAAAAUACAGAAGGCUAACAUUAUGGUACCAGACCUGACGAAGUGAUUGUUCUGUCAUUUACUAACAGCAAGUUAAUAUUGAGCAAUCCCAGAAUUGGGUCAUGUUUGUUUAUGUGUCCUCUGAUAUUUUCUCUACAACUUUGGAAACUACUUGACCCUUACAAAAACAAGUAGAGAAAAUAUUAGAGGGGUAUAUUUUACCUUAGAUCCUAGAAAAAUUGCCUACUCCAUGCUGCAAACAAAACUUUACUACUUUGGAAACUACUUGACCCUUACAAAAACAAUUAAAGUUUUGUUUGCAGCAUGGGGUGGGCAAUUUUUCUAGGAUCUAAGGUAAAUAUACCCCUCUUUUUGACAUGAGAUCAUUCAGUCAGACCUAUGUAAAAAAAGUUUAUGGACAGUAUUUGGUUGCGCGUGACCUGUGUGCGUACUUGACCGCCGCAUGGGAAGGGGGGGUGGUGGUGCCCUUACUCCUUCACAGUGUGACAGUGCCCUUACUCCUUCACUCGAGUACAAGCCGAGGAUUCCUUUUUAGGACAUUUUUUGUGCUGGAAAACUCUGCUUAUACUCGAGUAUAUACGGUAUGUUUGAUGUCUGUGUUUAAAAAAGAUAUAUAUUAUUUCUAUAUGCUAUAUUUUUAUAUGUUUUAUACAUAAGCCCAACUGAGCUCAGAAAGGGGGUAUAUUUUUCCUUUAAUUUUGUAGUGACGAUAAUAUUCUUCAAAUGUUUACUGAAACAUUGCCAAGUGAGUGUAAAAGCUUUUUGGAACUAUUAAAAGGGCAAAUUAUCCAUAAUAUGAAAUGAAAACACAAUGGUUGAGUGGUUAUAACUCGUGCCUUGCAGCCCUUAAUCUUGAUUUCAGUUCAAACCUGGUGCGUUUGUAUGUUUUACUUUACUUAAAGAGAAAAUAUUCUCCCUUUUUGACACGAUUUUGUAGAAAAAGGAAUAACAAUCUCUUUACAUAGCUGCAAAAUAUCACAGCAUUAUACAUUUAUCUAUAACUGCCAUGCCUACUAAGAUGCAGUGUGCUUGUGUAUUGUACAUUGUCAUUUCAAGUUCACUGCAAGUUGAUAUACAGCAUCUAGCUGUAUGAUGAUGGGGGUAAAAAGUUUUCAUGAUUAUUUAGCAGGUUCACUUGAUCUAGACUUAUCACUACCAGAUAGAUUUGCUAUUAUUUUGUAACAAAAAACAACUGAAAAAUGUGCAUGAAGAUACAGUUUAGACGCAUUACAGGACAUUACAGUAAAAAAUCUUAUAAAGUCCUUAAAGUAAUUAUGCUGAUAUGUUGUCAUAACAAGUCCAGUCUUUACUUGACGAUAACAAGACAUUUAGUAAUGACAGACAAGUGCUUUAGGUAGUAAUGAGCACCCAGUCAUGCACAAUAUUCAUUUUGCUUUCAUCACUACUCUGUGCUGUUGUUUCGGUUGCUUCUUUGGAAUAUCCAGCAGGUCAUGGCACAGUUCACCUUUAACUUUUAGCAUGAUAUAGACCAGGGCUGUCCAGCUGGAGGCCUGUGGGCUGGAUGUGGCUCUCCAAAGGCUCCAUAGACUUCACUUUAUGGCAUAAUGUAAUUCACCUCUCAAACAUGAUUUAUUGUUAAUUGUUGAGGGUUUUGAAUUAUUUAGCUUUUGUUCAGCAGCUCACCAUUUUGAAAUUUGAGCAACUAUCUGGUUGAUGGGGUUAAAUUUAUCAUAGCAACAAGACUGGGAUUUGAAUGAGGGACAGGAAUAUGAAUAUGAGAGGGCCUGAGGGGGAUGCUGGGGUCAGUGAUCUCCAUUUGAAAGCUUUAAAGAAGCAGAAGACAGUAAAAAUAUUAAAGUUUUUUUCAACCCAGAUUAAUUAUAUAACUACUGACAAAUUAAAACGUUGCUAAUAAUAAACAAUUCCAUAACAUAUUAAAAGUUAACUUAUUGGUGAACUACCCUUUAAGGCUGUUCCAUUUAAGCUUUUAGGUCACCUUGCAAGUUACAUGUUGGUCAACAAACGUGCACCUUGAACCUACCUUUGUGGAAAAUAAGCCUUAAAGGGGUUGUUCACCAUUUUUGUGGUUUUUUGUUAUUCUGCUUUUUGCUUAGCAGCUCUCCAGGCUGGAAUUUCAGCAGCUAUCUGGUAGCUAGGGUCUUGUUUACCUUAGCAACCAGGCAGUGGUUUGCAUGAGAGACAGGAAUAUGAAUGGGAAAUGAAAUGAAUAUACAGAUAAGGAAUAUAUCUUUAUAUCGUGUGGCUGCUGGGGUCAGUGACUCCAUUUGAAACCUGGAAAGAUGUACAACAGGAAGGCAAAUAAUUAAAAAAAUGUAAAAAAAAAAAAAACCAUGACAAUCUGAAAAAAAAUCUAAAAGCUUUCAAGAUUGUGUUUAUGUCAAUUACAGGUGUCUUUUUUACAACUGGAAAAUCUGUCUUUGCUUCCUGAUUUUAGAGGUUUUUUUUACUGCUGCUUUUGUGCAACGAUAUCAAAAAGUCAUGGUUUUCGCAUUUUUUCUGUGUCUUUUUUCAUUUAUGCUUUUUCAGAUAAGAUCUUUUAAUAAAUCACUAGAUAUUUGUCCCCCUAAAUGUUGCACAAAUUCAAGCCUUUUUGUUUAAAGCCACAUCCACUUGUGUGUAUGGUAUUUGAAUAUUUAAGUAAAUAUUGUAACAUUUCCUUUGCUGUAUUGUGGGAAGACACAGCAUAUCAUCUUUAAGAAAUUCCUGUUGUGUCCUUGCCCUCCUGCUGUUGGUUAAUUCUUUUCAUUACAGGGAAAUUGGCAUCACAAUUAUUUAAACUUGCAGAUGUGGAUAUGAUUUUAAAAAGUAAAAUAAACUUGCUUCUUACUGUGGAAUAGGUGUGAGAUAUUCAUUGACUAAGCAAAUACCAAACUAUUGUAAAAUGUAUAACUGUCUCAUUGCAAUUAAAAAACUGCUUGCUAUAA